GACGCGUGGAUACGCGGGUACACAUAUCCUGCCUAGUACGGCUAUCAGCUGCAUGACUCGUUUUGUAUUGUAUCAUGCCGUGGGCGUCACCCCUACUUGUGAUUAGUCAGCCGCAUCACAAGUCGUCUGUUCGUGCCCUGACGACAUCGAAGGCUUGUUCGCGUCGCGUCGUUAAUCUACUCACUUGAAUAUCAUGUCUGUUGACGAUCUUAGCAGUAAUGUUAAGGCCUAUCAUUCCCAAUUCACCAAUGCCCAGACGUUUGUCGGAAACAUGGCCCUGCUGCCACUGAGGACCCAGUUUUACGGAGCAGCACCUAAAAGCUCGGAAGAAAAUGACAUAAUUGAUGAGGCACUUUAUUUCUUCAAAGCUAACGUUUUCUUCAGAACAUAUGAAAUCAAGAGCGAAGCCGACCGAGUUCUAAUAUAUCUAACUUUGUACAUAUCGGACUGUCUCAAGCGGUUGCAAAAGUGUUCAACCAAGAACCAAGCCGUUCAAGAAAUGAAGACCUUGGCCAUUUCCAAGUUCGACAUUCCAGGAGAGGCAGGAUUUCCGCUGAAUCCCGUAUAUGCCAAACCUUCAUCGCCUGCUGAGGCUGAAACGAUGCGGAGUUACCUAACGCAACUGCGACAGGAAUGUGGCAUGCGACUAUGUGACAAGGUCUUCGACACUGAAAGUGGCAAGCCCAGCAAGUGGUGGCUGUGCUUUGCCAAGAGGAAAUUUAUGGACAAGAGCUUGGCUGGAUUCGGGUACUAAGAAGUACCCACUCCAAAUGUGGCAGACAUUUUUUUACAUUUGUUAGCAACGAGGCUACUGCAUUUCUUGCUUCAUUUUAUUUGUAAAGUUAAAAAUAAACAGACGCAUACCGCUGA